AUGCCACCUCAAACGAAAGGAGGGAGCACCUCCCGAUUCACAGUGCUUUCUCCCGAAUCAGCAAAGUCGCGACUAUCUCCCUCGUACAAUCAUGCCUUCCAGCCCUCCGCCUCUGCCAAUCCCACCGCCUCUCCAUUCACCCCUCCGCCAUCCUCACACCCCCAUCCCUCCGCACAACCAGGCCGACGACCCUUCUCCCCAUUCUCUACCUUCCGAGCCCGCUACGCCGCGCUCCCCCUCCCCAUCCGCAGCACAUUCCGCGCCCUCCGCAUCCUGGCGCCCAUCAUCCCUAUCGGCCUCUUCUUCUCCGAGCACGUCGCCCAGGUGAUGUGGGUGCGCGGCCCGUCCAUGACGCCCUACCUGAACGAAGACUACGACCAGAUGCACACCAAGAGCGACAUGGUGCUGGUCAACAUGUGGCCGUGGAGCGGCUCCGGGUGGCCCUGGGAGCGGAAGAGACACCUCGAACGCGGAAUGGUCGUGACCUUCCGCUCCCCCGCCAACCCCUCGCACAUCGCCAUCAAGCGCGUUGUUGGUCUUCCCGGCGACCGCAUCACCACCCGCGAACCCUGCAUGAAGUCGUCGCAGAUCGUGCCCUUCAACCAUGUCUGGUUGGAAGGGGAUGCGAAGGACCCGAAACGCUCCCUGGACAGCAACACCUACGGCCCCGUCAGUCUUAGUCUCAUUACCGGUCGGGUCGUCGCGGUGCUGUGGCCCCGGUGGAGGUGGCUGCAGUGGUCGGAUUGGGAGAAGGGCGUUGUGGAGGGCGAUGUUGACGGCCGGUUUGGGAAGGAUUAUCGCGCGGAUGUGAGGCAGCGGGUGUUGAAGGAGGCGGUCAAGAUUGAGAGGCCGGUGUUUGAAUAA